AGAUUGAAGCAAUUUGGUUAGAAAAAGUUUGAAUAGAUAAAGAGGUACUACGUACCUGGUUGCAGCAACCUCGAAGCUAGUUCAAACUAGUGGGAGGUUGUGUGCAGAGAAAGCGCACAUCAAUGGCUCGUGGAAGAAUUCAGUUGAAGAGAAUAGAGAACCCGGUUCACAGGCAAGUUACCUUCUGCAAGCGCCGAGCUGGGCUUCUCAAGAAGGCUAAGGAGCUCUCUGUCCUUUGCGACGCUGAAAUUGGCCUUGUCAUUUUCUCCGCUCAUGGCAAGCUCUAUGAACUCGCCACUAAAGGAACCAUGCAAGGAGUGAUAGAGAGGUACAUGAAGUUUACUGGGGCGGCUCAGCCUGAAGAACCACCAACUGAACCGCAUCAUCAUCCUCUUGUAUGUCUCAUCUCUCUCUCUUUCUCUUUUAUGUUAAUUAAGUAGCUACUAAGUGUCAUG